AACUGCCUGCCUCCAAACGGUUGGGGCGACCAGCUUGCUGGCUGCCUCCAAACCAAAGCACGUUACUAUGUCCAGGCUACUAGGUUGCAUUGUGGGUGAAACAUUAUGACGAAACUAAAGCGUGCGGCUUGGUUCCUCGCCAUAGCUCUACUCGCAACAGUUAGCGUUGCUCAAAAUUACCCGCCAUGUCCUUUCACCGGCCUUCCUCCCACGAAACCCAACUCGACCGUCACUCGAUGCCCCGACGCCGCUGAAAUGACAUGCUGUACAGACUGCUGCGAUAGGCGAUACGCGCUGAUGGAAGUGAGCGCUAACGUUUCAAAGCUCAUCUCUAUAAUCGAUCCUCGCCUCUCGAAAUUCCUGUCCAACAAAGACUCGCAGCUCUGCGCGUCGUUUGUCGGUUUCAGGGAGUGUCAGGACCUUUUCGAGCAGAUGGUCUGCGCCACUAGCUCCAACCCAGAUUCUGGGAAUUAUUUGGAGCUGCCGCCCGGGGAAGUCGGGCUUAUGCGCGUCUGCUCAGCUUUCGCCCAGAAGCUGUACGACACAUGCAAGGACCUGCCCUUGCCCGGGUUUCAGGGAGCCAUCUCGAUGUAUUUCAGCACGGCUGAGAAGCUCAUGACACUCAUGUUCGGGCGGGUGGCCCAGGCAUUUGACAAGCUCAAAUACAACGUGCAGGUCAUUCCGACCAACGAAGGAACCGACAAGUGCUACAACGGCCCGAAGCAGAUCCCCAAGAUCAACGUCUGCUGCGACCCGCUCCCCGCCACCCCUGACUGCCCCUUAGAAAACCUCAACGUCUCGAUGAACCCAGAAUACGGGCCGUUCGUGGGCCGAACCAUUGCAGAUCCCACCUGUCCGGCUCAGCAAAGUGCGGGAGGCAGUGGGCCUACUCCUUCCCCUCAACCGAGCGUGCCCCCCUCCCCUGCACUGAGCGUGCCACCCUCCCCUGCGUCGAACUUGUCCCCCUCUUCUCCGCCGCCUAAACGAGCUCCGUGUAUGGUGGCUUCAAGGGUGCUUGUCAACGUGCUUGUGUCGGCUGCAUGUGCAUUUGCCAUGCUUCUCUGAUUCGAAAGCAUGUCCAGUGCUCCUUCCCUCUACCAUGCCACAGCUGCGUUCCCCUCCCCUCCCCCCUAUCGCCUAAACGACCCGAGCGUAUGCUGGCUUCUAGGGUGCUUUUCAGAAACCUCGUGCUGGCAGCUGCUACGUUUGCUGUGCUUCUCUGAGUGGCUUUGGUGUUCACUGCUAGGUUGUCCCUUGCCACUAGUUCGCCCGUAGUCAUUAAUCCAUUCUCUUGGGCGCUAAAAUCCCCCUUA